CAUCUUCCAGCUGUUGUGCGGCUCAUUAAAUAUUGACAGCAGCAGUAGGGCCCGGACCAGGCGGAACCAGGCCGCGGCUGGCUGCAGUGCCCCGGUACGCCUGCAGGGGCGGUGCUGAGAGGCUUCUGUCCAUGGUGCUGAAGAUUCGGCGGCUCUAUCCGGGGUGCUGAACAGCUCGGGGUGCUGGGUGAACCCUGACGCCGUGGACACGUUCCAUCAGUCCGGUCUGUCGCGUCCUGGUGGCGUCUUGGAGCCGCGGGAGUAACGGUGGUUGGCUGCAGUGAUCGUCCGUGCGGCAGCCUGGAGAUGUCAGAGUGGAGGGGGAGGGGAGCAACAGUCUGAGCGAGAAAAUGAAUUUGAAGCUCAGACGCUGAGCCAGAAGUGGAGCAAAGGAGCCACCAAACCACAAAGGACAAGCAUUUAUAUCAAAAUGAGCCAGGACAUCACAGAGACGCGAACACGAACUCGCUCCAAAGGCGUUCGUGUGUCGUCUGAACUAUUGGGGCCAGAGAUGAAGCAAGAGCUGAGCAGUAGCUGCCCCACCCCUGGAUGUGAUGGCAAAGGUCACGUUAGUGGACGGUACUCAAGGCAUAGAAGUGUCCUGGGGUGCCCGAUCGUGAAGAAGAGGAAGCUGGAGGAGGCUGAGGCUGAGGCUGAUGACAACCUAUGUUCUCCCAAAAGGAGGAACCAGCCUGGUAAACUGGCAGCAGAGAAGGAGUCCACCACCGACAGUGACGUGGCAGAAGAGGAUGGAGAGAAGAAAGAGGAGGAUGAGGAAAAGCAGGACGAAGAGAAGAAAGACGAAGCAAGCGGCAGAUUGGAGAUGAUACACACAGAGCCCUCAGCCAUGACCACAGCAGACACAGAACCAGAUGAGUCAUCACUUCAUCUCCCGCCUGAAGAUGACAAAAACCAAAAGCUCACCCCAGAAACUGAGAGUAAACUUGAACAGGAGGAAACUAACAAGGAGGUGAAACCAGUGACCGUCACAGAUUAUCACCAACCAGAGGAAACAGAGGAGAAGGAGGAGCAGGGAGGUCCACUGGCGACGAAAGAGCAGCCGUCAGAGCAACCUGAACAACAGCCAAGUGUUCCUGAGCUGAAGGAGACGCACGAGGAGAAAGAAAAGGAAGCUGAGGAAGAGGAGGAGGAAGAUCACACAGCGGAUUUUACUGGAGACGAGUGGAAAGUGGAGAGGCAGAUCCUAAGCCAAGAGAACUCUGAUCAUCAGUACUCCAGCGGAGACUACAACCAUCAGGCUAAAGGUUUAACAGAGCAGCAAAGUACGAGGGCUGAGCCAGACGAUGAGGGAGAUGAGGAAGAUGGCGAGGAAGCGCAGGAAGGUACAGACGAGAGAGAAAGAGAAGAAGGGGAGGUUCACCAACAUGCUGAUACACUGUACACUUUGAGUCCACGCACUCAGGAAUCUGAAGCUGAGCUAUGUCUCAGGGAAGAAAAAGUCAGCACCCCCAUCAGUGAUGAAGAAGACAAUGAGGAGGAGCAGGAGGAGGAGAAAGAGGAUGAGGAGGAUGAAGGGCGCAGGAAGGAAGUAGGAGAAGUGGUGGAGGAGGAAGAGGAAGGACAGGACUCCAGCAAAGCCUCCCCAACUACUGUGGUCAUAGAUGUCAGGUCUGAGGAUGAGGAGGAGGAGGAGGAAGAGGAGGAGGAGGAGGAAGAAGAAGAGGAGGAGGAGGAAGAGGAGGAAGAGGAGGAGGAGGAGCAAGACCGUAUUUCAGAGGGCUCAGGAAUCACUGAUGACUCGGAGAACUGGGACAUGACGCGGGGGAACCUGGGGCUGCUGGAGAAGGCGAUCGCCCUGAAGGCAGAGGAGGUGCAGGGGAGUCAGGAGGCGCGCAGCUCCCCCGACUACCAGCCGUACUCCGGCUCCAGCAGGAGCUCUGAGGCUGCAGGGGUCUCUAACCGCAGCGGCCACCACAGCAAAGAGAAAAAGGAGGUGAAGUGUCCGACGCCGGGCUGCGACGGGACGGGUCACGUCACUGGGCUGUACCCGCACCACCGCAGCCUGUCGGGCUGCCCACACAAAGACAGGAUCCCUCCAGAGAUCCUGGCCAUGCAUGAGAACGUCCUGAAGUGUCCGACUCCUGGAUGCACAGGCCAAGGCCACGUGAACAGUAACCGCAACACACACCGCAGUUUGUCCGGCUGCCCUAUAGCCGCAGCAGCCAAACUCAACAAGGGCCAGGACAAGCAGGUCCAGUUACAGUCUGCAGCCAGUGAACCCUCCUCGAACUCGGACCGCGUGCUCAGGCCCAUGUGUUUUGUGAAGCAGCUGGAGAUCCCUCAGUACGGCAGCUACCGGCCCAACGCCGUGACCACCACGCCUCGAGCCAACCUGGCCAAGGAGCUGGAGAAGUACUCCAAGGUGUCCUUUGACUAUGCAAGCUUCGACGUCCAGGUGUUUGGGAAGCGCAUGCUUAUUCCAAAGACGCCUGGCACCACGGAGACGUCGCCCAAAGCUUUCAAAUCUAAAUCAUUCCCUAAAGCCUCCUCCCCAAGCCACACAGUGUCUGGAGGAUUCUCUAAAAGUGCCUCCUCCUCCAGUAGCUAUGACUACAGCCAGGACGCAGAGGCAGCCCACAUGGCAGCAACGGCCAUCCUCAACCUGUCCACGCGCUGCUGGGAGAGACCGGAGAGUCUGCAGACCAACCCAAGGGAGGUCUGCCCCCGGGAGUCAGACAUCGAAGUGGAUGAAAACGGCACCUUGGACCUCAGCAUGAAAAAAAACAAGCGGGAUGACAUGCAGUCUCCAGAGCCGUCGUCCUCCUCAUCCUCGUCCUCUCAGUACGUUGGAACCAGCUCGUCUCAGGGCCGCUCGCAGCCCGAUUGGGACGGGCCGCUGGACUUCACCAAAGCAAGCAGCGGCAAGGAAGAAGACCACGAAGAGGUGGAGUACACAGCGCCCUCCUACACCUCAUCUGAUGGGGAGGAAGAGGACCAGGAGAACCUGGAGGACAGGAAGUACCCCGGUGAGGUCACCACAUCCACCUUCAAGGUCAAGUUCCAGCCCAAAGACAGCAAAAAAGAGAUUCUGGUAUGUCCGACCCCAGGCUGCGAUGGCAGUGGACACAUCACUGGCAACUAUGCAUCUCAUCGAAGUCUGUCAGGCUGUCCUCUUGCUGAUAAAUCACUUCGGACCCUCAUGGCUGCCCACACAGCUGAACUAAAGUGUCCCACCCCAGGCUGUGACGGAUCGGGCCACAUCACGGGAAACUACGCGUCACACAGGAGUCUGUCGGGAUGCCCUCGAGCCAAGAAGGGCAGCGUCAAAUCCACCCCCACCAAGGACGACAAGGACGACUCCGAGCUGCUGAGGUGUCCGGUUCCGGGCUGUGACAGUCUGGGCCACAUCAGUGGGAAGUACGCCACGCACCGCAGCGCCUACGGCUGCCCGCUGGCUGCCCGGCGCCAGAAGGAGGGUCUGCUCAACGGCACGCCCUUCUCCUGGAAGGCCUUCAAGACCGAGGGCCCCACCUGCCCCACGCCGGGCUGCGACGGCUCCGGCCACGCCAACGGCAGCUUCCUCACGCACCGCAGUCUGUCAGGUUGUCCCAGAGCAUCGGCUAACAAGAAGAGAGCCAAGUUCCCUGGAGACGAGUACAUCACUGCCAAGUUCAGAGCCAGCGAUGUUUUGGAUAAUGACGAGGAUAUCAAGCAACUGAACAAGGAGAUCAACGAGCUUAGCGAGUCCAACUCAGAGAUGGAGACUGAUGUGAUGAACCUUCACACUCAGAUCUCGUCAAUGGAGAAGAACCUCAAGAGCAUGGAGGAGGAGAACAAACAGAUCGACGAGAAGAACAAGGCCUUGUUUCUGGAGCUGUCGGGCCUGAGUCAGACCCUGAUCCACAGCUUGUCCCACAUCCGCCUGCCCACCAUGGAACCGCUGUCCGAGCAGAACUUCGACAGCUACGUGGAAACCCUGACCCACAUGUUUACCAAUAAGGACUGCUACCAGAACCCCGAGAACCGGGCUCUGCUGGAGUCCAUCAACCAGGCGGUGAAGGGCAUCGAGGUGUGACCACGCAGGGAAAUCCACUCUUUAUUUCCAGAUGUAAUUUAUUCUUCUGAGUUUAAACUUUGUCCUCAGUUCCUGUUUGUUUACUGUUUGCAUGUUGCUUUAUGACGGUGUGAGUGAACCGGUCCGUGUGGACCUGAGCCGUGGUAGCACACUGGGCUCCAGGCCUGGAGCCGUGGCGCCGUGAGCAGACUCUUAGUUAGUGGACAUAUCCCAUCUACUCAGUAAUGUUAAUAGUAUUCUAUAUGAGCGUAGUGCUGUCGACUUAUUGGGACUAGUUUGUAGAUUCAUUCUUACGAUUGCUGUGAAACUAUUUAAGUCCUUUGCAGAUACUGGUUUAAGAACUUUCUGUACUCAUGUCUGCUGUACUCUUUCUGUUUGCCUAUUUAUUUUGCAUUAAAUAAUUAUGAUUAUUAUUUAUUUAACGCUACCUGAGAAGACUUAACCAAGAGAAGGAAUCAUUUCCUCUGAAUUGCUGAACAAAGAGGAAAUAUUUUAAGAUAUCAACUAUGAAUGAGUUUUAUAUAUCUUAUUUAUUUAAAAUACUGGGAUCUUUUUAAGUGCAAAUAUUUUCUAACUGAAAGUUUUUUAAUAAUUUUCUAUAGAUUUUUUUGGUUAUGUUUAUAUGAGUUUCCUUUUAUUUCCACAAACUAUUUUGAGUACAUUGCAAUACACUGGGAAAAUUGAGCUGCACAUAUUUGGUAUUUAUUUGGUGAACAAGAACAAAGUGAUGGUGAAUAUUUAUUUUGUAUUGUCUAUGUGUUAACGAUGGCUGUGUAUGGAUUAGUCUUUAAGUUGCUCUUGAAAUAAAAGUUAACCUACAGUGAAA